AUGGCUUUGCAGCCAUUUUCCGGCGCUUUCGUGCUGCCGCUGCAGCCCAGUCAGAGCCGUGUGCAGCAUCCUGGCGAGGCUCAGUCCUCCAAAUCCAGCGGUGCGCCUAUGCCAGGCAUUGUCGGGAUAUCUGUGGGUGCUGCGCUUGCAGCCACGCGAAAAGGUAGGGGCAUGCCGGGCACGGCCCAGAAGGCUUCCACACAGGAAGUGCUCUUCAAGGGAGGGGCAGGAUCCGUGGACGGAGGAAGCGGCUUCUCUAGUGCCCCCGCAGCAUCCUCGGCUUCAGCAUCGGUGUCCACAACUCUGGGCGUGCAGGCUCCGGUCGGCUACUGGGAUCCCCUCGGCCUGAACAAGAACGCCGACACGGCCACGUUCAACAGGCGCAGGGCAGUGGAGAUCAAGCAUGGUCGCGUGGCCAUGUACGCGACCAUGGGAUACAUCGUCCCAGAGUACUACAAAUUUCCAGGAUACCUGUCCCCUUCUCUGGGCUUGAAGUUUUCCGACGUCCCGAGUGGCUUGGCAGCCAUCUCCAAGGUGCCCGUGCUCGGCUGGCUGCAGAUUCUGUGGUUCAUUGGCCUCAUUGAAGGCUCUGGCUUCUUCUCCGGCCAGUAUGGCCUGGGGUUCAUGAAGGACGCCACCAUGAACGGCACGCCUGGCGACUAUGGCGUGGGAUUCCCAACCUUCGUCGGAAGGGUCUCGGACCCUACGGCGAAGUCAACGAAGUUGGCAGCCGAGCUUUCCAAUGGCCGGCUGGCGAUGAUGGCCAUCAUCGGCAUGUUUUUCCAAGAUGGCCUGACUGGUUCUGCCUGGGGUGACUGGGCGCUGUACGCUGACUCUCCUUUGCGUGCUUCCACACAGGAAGUGCUCUUCAAGGGAGGGGCAGGAUCCGUGGACGGAGGAAGCGGCUUCUCUAGUGCCCCCGCAGCAUCCUCGGCUUCAGCAUCGGUGUCCACAACUCUGGGCGUGCAGGCUCCGGUCGGCUACUGGGAUCCCCUCGGCCUGAACAAGAACGCCGACACGGCCACGUUCAACAGGCGCAGGGCAGUGGAGAUCAAGCAUGGUCGCGUGGCCAUGUACGCGACCAUGGGAUACAUCGUCCCAGAGUACUACAAAUUUCCAGGAUACCUGUCCCCUUCUCUGGGCUUGAAGUUUUCCGACGUGCCGAGUGGCUUGGCAGCCAUCUCCAAGGUGCCCGUGCUCGGCUGGCUGCAGAUUCUGUGGUUCAUUGGCCUCAUUGAAGGCUCUGGCUUCUUCUCCGGCCAGUAUGGCCUGGGGUUCAUGAAGGACGCCACCAUGAACGGCACGCCUGGCGACUAUGGCGUGGGAUUCCCAACCUUCGUCGGAAGGGUCUCGGACCCUACGGCGAAGUCAACGAAGUUGGCAGCCGAGCUUUCCAAUGGCCGGCUGGCGAUGAUGGCCAUCAUCGGCAUGUUUUUCCAAGAUGGCCUGACUGGUUCUGCCUGGGGUGACUGGGCGCUGUACGCUGACUCUCCUUUGCGUGCUUCCACACAGGAAGUGCUCUUCAAGGGAGGGGCAGGAUCCGUGGACGGAGGAAGCGGCUUCUCUAGUGCCCCCGCAGCAUCCUCGGCUUCGGCAUCGGUGUCCACAACUCUGGGCGUGCAGGCUCCGGUCGGUUACUGGGAUCCCCUCGGCCUGAACAAGAACGCCGACACGGCCACGUUCAACAGGCGCAGGGCAGUGGAGAUCAAGCAUGGUCGCGUGGCCAUGUACGCGACCAUGGGAUACAUCGUCCCAGAGUACUACAAAUUUCCAGGAUACCUGUCCCCUUCUCUGGGCUUGAAGUUUUCCGACGUGCCGAGUGGCUUGGCAGCCAUCUCCAAGGUGCCCGUGCUCGGCUGGCUGCAGAUUCUGUGGUUCAUUGGCCUCAUUGAAGGCUCUGGCUUCUUCUCCGGCCAGUAUGGCCUGGGGUUCAUGAAGGACGCCACCAUGAACGGCACGCCUGGCGACUAUGGCGUGGGAUUCCCAACCUUCGUCGGAAAGGUCUCGGACCCUACGGCGAAGUCAACGAAGUUGGCAGCCGAGCUUUCCAAUGGCCGGCUGGCGAUGAUGGCCAUCAUCGGCAUGUUUUUCCAAGAUGGCCUGACUGGUUCUGCCUGGGGUGACUGGGCGCUGUACGCUGACUCUCCUUUGCGUGCUUCCACACAGGAAGUGCUCUUCAAGGGAGGGGCAGGAUCCGUGGACGGAGGAAGCGGCUUCUCUAGUGCCCCCGCAGCAUCCUCGGCUUCGGCAUCGGUGUCCACAACUCUGGGCGUGCAGGCUCCGGUCGGUUACUGGGAUCCCCUCGGCCUGAACAAGAACGCCGACACGGCCACGUUCAACAGGCGCAGGGCAGUGGAGAUCAAGCAUGGUCGCGUGGCCAUGUACGCGACCAUGGGAUACAUCGUCCCAGAGUACUACAAAUUUCCAGGAUACCUGUCCCCUUCUCUGGGCUUGAAGUUUUCCGACGUGCCGAGUGGCUUGGCAGCCAUCUCCAAGGUGCCCGUGCUCGGCUGGCUGCAGAUUCUGUGGUUCAUUGGCCUCAUUGAAGGCUCUGGCUUCUUCUCCGGCCAGUAUGGCCUGGGGUUCAUGAAGGACGCCACCAUGAACGGCACGCCUGGCGACUAUGGCGUGGGAUUCCCAACCUUCGUCGGAAAGGUCUUGGACCCUACGGCAAAGUCAACGAAGUUGGCAGCUGAGCUUUCCAAUGGCCGGCUGGCGAUGAUGGCCAUCAUCGGCAUGUUUUUCCAAGAUGGCCUGACUGGUUCUGCCUGGGGUGACUGGGCGCUGUACGCUGACUCUCCUUUGCGUGCUUCCACACAGGAAGUGCUCUUCAAGGGAGGGGCAGGAUCCGUGGACGGAGGAAGCGGCUUCUCUAGUGCCCCCGCAGCAUCCUCGGCUUCGGCAUCGGUGUCCACAACUCUGGGCGUGCAGGCUCCGGUCGGUUACUGGGAUCCCCUCGGCCUGAACAAGAACGCCGACACGGCCACGUUCAACAGGCGCAGGGCAGUGGAGAUCAAGCAUGGUCGCGUGGCCAUGUACGCGACCAUGGGAUACAUCGUCCCAGAGUACUACAAAUUUCCAGGAUACCUGUCCCCUUCUCUGGGCUUGAAGUUUUCCGACGUGCCGAGUGGCUUGGCAGCCAUCUCCAAGGUGCCCGUGCUCGGCUGGCUGCAGAUUCUGUGGUUCAUUGGCCUCAUUGAAGGCUCUGGCUUCUUCUCCGGCCAGUAUGGCCUGGGGUUCAUGAAGGACGCCACCAUGAACGGCACGCCUGGCGACUAUGGCGUGGGAUUCCCAACCUUCGUCGGAAAGGUCUCGGACCCUACGGCGAAGUCAACGAAGUUGGCAGCCGAGCUUUCCAAUGGCCGGCUGGCGAUGAUGGCCAUCAUCGGCAUGUUUUUCCAAGAUGGUUUGACCGGCUCUGCGUGGGGCGACUGGUCUUUGUACGCGGACUCGCCGUUGCGGGCUUCGGAGUAG